GUCAGCGAUCUUCAGGUCGGAAGGUCGGAGCUCUCCAGUUCCCACGUUGGAAUUCCGAGUUGGAUGACCGUUCGCAUUGAUUUUUCCCAGUCGAAGCUCGUUUUUUUCGAGGUCCCAGUUGUUUUGAACUCACUGAAAUCGGAAUUCGGAGAUUUCCGAGUUCCCAGUUGUGUUGAACGCGGCAUUAGCUACAACAACAUCUCACAUAUGCAAUGGUUGGUGUGCAGUGAUGGCUUUUAUAAAGAGGAAAGAACGAUCGAAAGAAAGGUUUUCUCUCCUGUUGCUGGACCUGGAAGAGUAUUACUUUGAACAGCACACAGUGUAUCAUGUGACAACCAGUUCAGCCAAAAAAAGAAAGAUCAGAGGGUCACUCAAAGUAUGCUCCAAAUCCAUCAUAUUUGAACCUGAGGACCAUGUGGAGCCCAUUUUAAAGAUUCCUCUCAGAGAUUGCAAAAAGAUUGAAGCGGUUGAAGAAAAGGACCAGAAUCCUUUCAAUGAGAGCAAACCAGCUGGCCUCACCAUUUUAUGCAAACAGGUUUACCUUAUCAAAGAGAACAAUGUCGUGGCACCUUACAGAGUUGAAAGGGGAGACAGUACAUUUCUCUUCCAUCUGGAAGUUUCCAGUAAAACGGAGGAUGUUGUCCAAACAUUACUUCAGCUGCAUAGGGCCUCUUGUCUGGACAAGCUUGGAGACCAGACUGCAAUGAUUGCUGCUAAUUUACAAUCCAGAUUGGCAAGAACUUCAUUUGACAAGAACAGCUUUCAGAAUGUUUCAGAAAUACCACACAUGGAAUGCGAGGCGGAGAUGGUCACUCCAUUGGUUACAAACCCUGGUCACGUGUGUAUAACUGACCAAAGCCUCUACUUCCAACCACUCAAUGGCUAUCCUGAACAGGUAGUCCGAAUCGAGCUCCAUCGAGUGAAACAAAUCUAUAAGAGAAGGCAUGGACUCAGGCCAUUGGGGCUGGAGGUGUUCUGUACCGAAAACGACUUCUGCUCGGACAUCUAUCUGAAGUUUUACAAGACCAGCGACAGAAAUGACCUCUACUACUACAUCGCCACGUUUCUGGAGAACCACAUGGUGGAACACACAGCGGAGAGUUACAUGCUGCAGUGGCAGCGGGGUCAUCUCAGUAACUACCAGUACCUUCUGCACCUCAACAACCUGGCUGACCGCAGCGGCAAUGAUCUGUCUCAGUACCCCGUUUUCCCCUGGAUCAUCGCUGACUACAGCAGCACAGAGCUGGAUAUGAUGAACCCCGCAACAUUCCGUGACCUGAGCAAGCCUGUGGGAGCGCUGAAUAAAGAGAGACUAGAGAGAUUGUUGUCCCGGUACAGAGACAUGCCUGAUCCUUGUUUCAUGUACGGCAGUCAUUACUCCUCUCCAGGCUAUGUGCUUUUCUACUUAGUCAGAGUUGCCCCAGAACACAUGCUGUGUCUUCAAAAUGGCCGCUAUGACAAUGCAGACCGCAUGUUCAAUAGCAUUGGAGAAACGUGGAAAAAUUGCUUAGAGGGUGCAACUGACUUCAAAGAGUUGAUCCCAGACUUCUAUGGGAAUGACCCCAGCUUUCUGCUAAACUGCCUUAGUCUGGAUUUGGGGAAGAGGCAAGGUGGAAGCUCUGUUCAAGAUGUAGUUCUUCCCCCAUGGGCUGCAGACGCCAGUGAUUUUCUUCAGAAGAGUCAGAAAGCGCUGGAGAGUCAGUACGUGUCAGAACACCUGCACGAGUGGAUCGACCUGGUGUUUGGCUUCAAGCAAAAAGGAAGUGAAGCCGUGGCAGCCCACAAUGUGUUCCAUCCAUUGACAUAUGAGGGCGGCAUCGACUGUGAUAGUAUAGAGGACCCCAAUGAGAAGAUUGCUAUGAUGAUUCAGAUCCUGGAGUUUGGGCAAACCCCGACGCAACUGUUCACCACCCCACACCCACAGAGGAUAACACCCAGAUUCCAGAGCAUAUCGCGAACACCCAGUGUAAACACACCCCUCAACGAGCUCUCUCCAGCAUCCACCAGUGAGGACUCCUCCUUUGAAGACCUAACCGAAGAGACUAGGAGACUGGCUUGGAACAACAUAGCUAAACUCAAGUUGAUGUCCACCCACAAAAUCCAUAAAGAGGCUGUGACAGGCAUCGCAGUGACUCGGACCGCGUCAUCUGUCUUCACAACAUCACAAGACUCGACACUGAAGAUGUUCUCCAGAGAGUCCAAUGGAUUGCAGAGAAGCAUGUCCUUCUCCAACAUGGCAUUAUCAUCGUGCUUGAUGCUACCAGAGGAUAAGGCCGUAGUCUGCUCCUCGUGGGACAAUAAUGUGUAUUUCUACUCGAUACCAUUUGGCAGGCGUCAGGACACGUUGAUGGGCCAUGAUGAUGCCAUCAGUAAGAUGUGCUGGAAAGACAACCAGCUUUACACUGCAUCCUGGGACUCUACAGUCAAGGUUUGGCAAUGUGACUCUGCCGAUAUCGCGAAUAAUAAGAGAUGCCAAUUCGAGUUGCUGGCAGAGUUUGAACACGAAGCGGGGGUGAACACUAUUAACCUAAACCCAGCAGGUACUUUGUUGGUGUCAGGGACUAAGGAUGGAACCGCCACCAUUUGGGAUACCAGUAGCUCAGUGCAACUCCAUCAAGUCCACUGCCACUCCGGAAAGAUCCACGAUAUGGCCUUUAGUCCUGACAGCAGACACGUCUUGAGUGUAGGAGAGGACUCGUGUCUGAAGGUAAUCGACGUCCAGACAGGCAUGAUGAUCUCGUCUGUGCAAGCUGAUGAGGAGCAGCGGUGUUUCUGCUGGGAUGGGAACACGGUCCUGUCUGGCGGUCAGUCCGGACACCUCCAGGUCCUGGACCUGCUAAGCAACAAAGUGACCACCAGGAUCCCUGGACAUUCAGGUGCAGUCACAGCGAUGUGGAUGAACGAGCAGUGUAGCACGGUGAUCACAGGUGGCGAAGACAAGCAGAUCAUCUUCUGGAAACUUGACUGUUGACCACGGUGCUAGAUUGUACAUACACGUACAGAGGGACUGAGGUGAAGUCCAAGAGGGACACUCACAAUGAGACAUCUUUUAUACUGUCUGGCUCCAACCAAAGAGGCUUUCAUCGUCGGUCAAGGUAACUACUUAGGCUGGCUAGCCUGCUGGCUGGCUCACCCAGAGAUGGUAACGCAUUAUCAUUGCACAUAUGACUUUACAAAUAUACUGGUCCAGUUACCAGGGUCAACAAUCAUACUCCUGUCUGGAGUUCUCAAACAAAAUCUAAUUGUGAACGAUAUAACCAUCCUCAACCAUGUUAGCGUAACAUAUUAACCAUUCUCAAUCAUGUUAGAGUAACACAUUGGCCAUCCUCAACCAUGUUAGCGUAACAUAUUAACCGUUCUCAAUCAUGUUAGAGUAACAUAUUAACCAUUCUCAACCAUGUUAGCGUAACAUAUUGGCCAUCCUCAACCAUGUUAGCGUAACAACUUGGCCAUCCUCAACCAUGUUAGCGUAACAACUUGGCCAUCCUCAACCAUGUUAGCGUAACAUAUUAACCAUUCUCAACCAUGUUAGCGUAACAUAUUAACCAUCCUCAACCAUGUUAGCGUAACAUAUUGGCCAUCCUCAACCAUGUUAGCGUAACAUAUUAACCAUUCUCAACCAUGUUAGCGUAACAACUUGGCCAUCCUCAACCAUGUUAGCGUAACAUAUUGGCCAUGCUCAACCAUGUUAGCGUAACAACUUGGCCAUGCUCAACCAUGUUAGCGUAACAACUUGGCCAUCCUCAACCAUGUUAGCGUAACAACUUGGCCAUCCUCAACCAUGUUAGCGUAACAUAUUGGCCAUCCUCAACCAUGUUAACGUAACAUAUUAACCAUUCUCAAUCAUGUUAACGUAACAUAUUAACCAUUCUCAAUCAUGUUAGUGUAACAUAUUGGCCAUCCUCAACCAUGUUAGUGUAACAUAUUGGCCAUCCUCAACCAUGUUAGCGUAACAACUUGGCCAUCCUCAACCAUGUUAGCGUAACAACUUGGCCAUCCUCAACCAUGUUAGCGUAACAACUUGGCCAUCCUCAACCAUGUUAGCGUAACAACUUGGCCAUCCUCAACCAUGUUAGCGUAACAACUUGGCCAUCCUCAACCAUGUUAGCGUAACAACUUGGCCAUCCUCAACCAUGUUAGCGUAACAACUUGGCCAUCCUCAACCAUGUUAGCCAAUAGAAAUGUCAAUUUGAACCCAGUGAGGUUGCUAUGGCGCUGAUUAGAUUCUGCACAUGCUCUCUUGCAGCAUUCCCAUGCUAAUUUUGCACUUCAAUGCUUUUGCCAGACAGUGAGUCAACCCAGGUUUCUUUAGAUUUUUUUUUUUUUUUUACAUUAUCUUACUGUACAGCAUAUUUUGCUUUUCUGUCUAUUGUUUAAGCGUUCAUUCAGUUGUCAUAGUGCCUUAGUGACUGACCAUUUAAUCAUGAUAUAAUUGACCGCAUAGUGGUCGGAAUAAACCUCCUGGCACAAAACAAACUGUAUAGCAAGCAGUGUUUCAGAAAUACCUGCAGUAGAGAUUAUCAUGACAAUAAAUAAAUGUAGAAUGUAACACACUUUGAGCACCUGGAAAAGCUCUAUAUAAAUCCACUCCGUUCAUAGUAUUAUUAAAUACACACGUGCUACAUAAAAAUAUAUUCAUUUGAUUUAUUUUCCCCACAAUUUUCAUUAGAGAGCAACAGUAAUUCAUUGCUAAUGCAUGGAAAAUGUCCAAGAGUUAUUGUAGAUAAAAAAUAAAAAAAAGGAAUAUAUUAAUACACCUAACUGUUGAACUUACACUGAGGCAUAAUUCAAAAUAAUAUUUAUAAGCGCUUUGGCCCAACUGUAUUUGGGGAACUGCUUUACUGAGACUGAGUAGACUCAGGAACUCUCACCCAUGCAAAGAGUGCAUUUCUUUCAAGUUUGUCAACCUUGUUAUAGCAAGAUAAAUAUGUGUGUUACUGAAGCGUUGUGCUAUGGCAUAGACUGCCAAUGCACUGUGUAACUGACCAUAUACCACACUGUACAUCCAUUUUAAUAGAGAUGACCCAUCUUGUUUUAUUACUUUAGAUUUUAUUUACAUUAUGUGGAGCUUAAACCUGUAUUAACAAGGUAGUUACAUAGCCAAGUACUGUAGAAUGUAAUUGCAGUAUUGGAACAUAGUACUUAAAACUAUGAUACAUGUUUGCCAUUUGUGUAAAAUAACACAUUUAGACUUUUUUUAUAUGCAUCGGAUUUGUGAGGGGGAAACCUCCAAUUUAGAUGUGGUUUGACCUCCCCUUUUCCGAGAAAUAUUGCUUUCGAUUGCACAGUUGUCUCCACUGUGAUCAGUUUAUUUGCGAGUCCUUGUAAUCCUUAAACAGGUGUAAGUAAUAUGUAACAAAAUGUAUUCAGACUCUAGUACCACUACUAGCACCGUAAGUAAAAGCUGCCAGCAGCAUUUGGCCUAAUGGGAAGUAGCUAAAAACGAAGCAGUGCCCUCCUAGUGACGUAAGUGAAUGUAUUUGAGUGAGGUUGCUGAGAAAAACUAUGCUGUAAAUCGGGAUGUCUACUAUCUUUCAUGCCUCAGGGCUAACAGUGUUAUGUUGCUGCAGUAUGACCUCCCAGCUUUUGUGUACUGUACAGAUCCUGCUCAAUAAAAUAUUGCACAUCUGUGAA